AUGGGAAGAAAACGAGGUGGGACGUCGAAUGUGGGUGGGAUAAAGUUGGUUGGAUCAAGUGCGGCCAUCGAGGAAUCAUCGGAUAGUGGCGGAAGAUCAGCUUCGGGUACUCCGGUGCAGGAAGAAAUGCAGCAAUUUGUGAGUGUGGGACGUGGACGGGGGAGAAGGGGUCGUGGGGUGGGUCGUGGAAGGGGACGAGGACGAGGCGCACGCAGUUUCGUGCCAGCGAGCGAUUCACCGGUGCUGGAUGGUGAAACAUCGCAGUCCACCGAGGGCGGUUGCUCUACGGACGAUCAAGUGGUGGAAAUGAUAGAGAUUUUAGAUGAAGAAACCAGUAAAUCGUUGGAAGGGUUCGACACGUUGGUGGUGGAGGAAGAAGACACGAUGAGCGGCAUUCUUCCGAUCGAAGUAUCGGAGGAGGUGGAAGUGAUGGAGGAAACGAUAUGUGCCGUGUCGGAGGAAGCACCGUCGGCGGGCUACGAAGAGGCAUCCGUUUUGACCGUGACGGAGGAUGAUGACGCGAGCAUUUUGAUCGAGGAAGAGCUGGCCGGUACGAGAAAAUCGAAACGGCAGGUAAAGGCGACGAAUAAAUUCCGUGAUUUCGUAGUCGACACACCGAUGCUGAUGACUCAGCCCGUACGUACCUAUUCUAGCGGCAGAUCACCGAGGGUCGCUGUACCAUCGACGAGCGGUUUGCAGCAGGGACUGAUGGGAACGGUCGCAGUCGGUGGAACCAGUCACAGACAGCAACGGGACUCGGGCGACUUCACAACGGGAGUUGCUUCCAGAGGAAACGGUGCAAAGAGAGGUCGAAAGAAGAAAGUUGUAACGUCCCUCGAUAUCGCUGCCGUGGAUCCGUCUGAUGAAACAAUCCAACUGCCAAACCCGGAGGAACGAAAUAAUUCAUUGAUAGCGCUCAAAAUCGAUGGAGCCGUGUUUGGUGAUGACGACAGUUUUUCAUGCAUUCCCACAAGUCCCAGCUCGAGUUCACAGGAAACUACCGAGCAGGCCAUCUCGAUACCCUUAAAAGCGAUUGCAUCUGGAGGGAGAGGACGCAAGCCUCGUGGAACACCUACUGGAACACCGGAACGUCCGGCAGGAUCCACAUUCAUCAAGCGGUCGUACAAAACUACACGUAAUUCUGGGGCUUUGGCUAUGGCGGACGAUGAAGAAACACACCCGCCGUUACCAAUACAGCAUAGUUUGGCGGAUGCGGUGGAAGAUGCCGACAUAAUUGUACUGCAAGCCGAUGAAAUAAUUAACGAUCCAUCGGCCAUGGAAGGCGUGCACACGAUGGUAGAAUCAGUGAAGCCCGUAUCGACACGGGGACGCGGAGGUCGUGGUAGUCGCGGCGGACGUGGAUCACGAGGUGGUCGUGGCAGUCGUGGUGGUCCCGGUAGCCGUGGUGGUCGCGGAGUACGUGGAGGGCGUGGGCGUGGUGCAGCGAGAAAAUUUGCAGAUCAUGAAGUGUCUGGCAGAGAUACCCACGUGAACAUCGACGAUGAAAUCGAUGUGCUGCCGGUGGUCGAAGAGGUCGAAAAUGCUACGAUCCCACAAGCGGAACCGGCAUUAAUUGAAGAAAAGAAGAUGGACCCAGCACCGGAUGCUUGUACCGAGCAAGUGGAGAUUAUCGAAGAGCACUUGGAUGAGAUUCAAGAAGUUGUCAUAAGCGAAACAGAAUAUCACGAAUCGGUGCCGCCGUUGGAUCAUGUUCCGGCAGAGAUUGCUAAGAACGAAGUAAACGACGCGCUACAAAAUGAAAGUAGAUUGUGCGCGGAACAUAUCGCAAUCGAAGCUCUGGUUGCCAUGGAGAAGGCACACACUUCCGUUGAUCAAGCAACAGAAGUUGCGCCAGAAACAACGGAACCAGCAGCAGAAGAAGUUUUAAAGCAGCCUACUUUGUCGAUAGAAGAAACGUCAGCGAAAUCGAUUCCUGAAGCAAAACCGGUGCCCGCGGAUUUGCCUCCGCAACCCACCGGGACACCCGAGAAAAAAUCACCAACGGAAGAAUUACUCCUUCGUGAGAAGCUAGCGCCGAAGGAGGAAACUCCGAAACGAGAUAAACGUGAGUCGGGAAAGGCUGGUGACACGAGCUCGACGACGAGUAGGUCCGGAAGGGAUAGGUCUUUUAAGGAAUCAUCCACCACUACUAGCAAACAUCGUUCAUCGUCAGAUAAGUCGUCUCGCGAUGAUGGAGCGGGUUCUCGUGAACGCAAGAAGGAUCGGAAACGCACCGAUGAAGAAAUUCGUAAGCGAAGUCCAGCGUCGAAGGAUCGUAGUAUUGAAAAACGCCAUAAAGCGGAAAGAGAUCAUAGAGAGAACGUCGAUAAAACGACUUCUGCUUCCGAACCUACCACAGAGGUGGCGGAUCAGGAAAUGGUGGGCAAAAAGAUGGUGGAACCUGAAAAAGUAGCGUUGUCGCUUCAUGCUGCCAGUAAAAAACGGUCUUCCAUCGUACACCCGCCGCGUCCGGAUAAGCCCAAGAAGUGUUUCGAUAGCGAACUGCAGGCGCUCGAGAUGCAGCCGAUUGUUGCACGGAAAUCGUUGGAAGAAUCAUCCUCUCGCCGGCGGGACGUGAAGGAUCGGGAGGAUUCAUCGUCCUCCUCUUCCUCGCACCGAAAGGAACAUCAUCAGCAGCAGCACCAUCAUCGGCACGGUAAGAGUUCGUCGAAGUCAACCUUCUCCGACACGAAUGCGGUACGAAAAUCCGAUUCGGGAAGCAGCUCACACAAGACAAAACGCUCCUUGGUGGAAGAGGAGGAAAAAAAGGGGCGCAGCGAAGCAUCGAGCAGCAAAGGAAAGAAAUCCGUUUCUGGAUUUUCCUUCCUUCAGGAAGAGAGUAAUCGCUUGGAUCGAUCGGUUGGGAAGAAAUCGAAAUCGAAGGAUAGAAAAGAAUCAAGAAAAAUUUCCCGCGAAAGUGAGAGAUCCUCCAAAGAAGGUGGAGUUGUACCGUCCGCAACGAUGAAGCAGGAUCCACAGCCAGUCUCGACGAUUGAAAUGUGUGAGAGGAAAAUUGAUGAGAAACCCGUGGAAUACCUUCCCCCGGUGAGCGAAACGGAACCAAUCGUUGCAAUAUCCUCCGAACAACCGAAAAUCGUGACGAAAGCUUCGCUUAAAAUGUACAAAAUGGAAGUGGAUCCCAUUCCCCCACAGAUAGGCGAAAUUCAGGAGCAUCUGAAAUCAGGGCCUGAACCAACAGGUUUUUCCGCACCGCCAUCGCAGAUGCAGGCAGAAAUAAAAGAAGAACCUUUUUCGACUUUCCAUCAUCAACAAAUCGAGGAAAAGCCAUCAGCAAAUCUAGGAAAAGUGGAAGAACCCGGCAUGUUGAAAGAAGAAGUUGAGUUAACUUUCGCCGAAAGUGUGACAGCGGAACAGGAGGAGGAAGAGGGUAGAUUCAGUGAAGCCGAAACGCUUCGAUCGGAAUCCGUCGCGGGACUUUCGGACGGUGAAGGAACGCUGUGUGGAGGAUUUCAAUCGGACGUCGACUCCGGUGUGCGCAGCGGGGCCAGCUCACCGUGUGAUGAGCUGUCGUAUUUGGAAGAUGAACCGACUGGCGUGUAUAACGUCCCGAUUGGGAUAACGCCUCAACGUGAAGAUCGUGACUCGCAACGGGUCGAUCUGGUACGGUUGGUUGAAAGCUACGUCGAUGACGGCGUCAUCCGGCGCUCGACGCGCAUCAAGACAAUCAGCUCGCAAAAGCAGCGUACCAGUGGGCAUGGUUUGGUGCGUGACAAAGAUCGGCUGCUAAAGAAACCGAACGCUUCGAUCGAUACGAAGGUGAUGAAGGAUGGUACGUCGGUUCCGGGCGUCACUCAAGAGGGCACCGGUGCGGUAGGUGAAGUCACGGCAAUGGGUUCUACCGGUUAUGGUGUGAGUGGAGGCAGUGGCCCAGCCUGGCCAGUGAUCGCCAACGAGGGUGACAGUGCAAACACCGAACUGUCCGAAGAGUACCUACGCGAUGUGGAGGAAAAGCUUAGCCGAUUCGAGACGAUCCGUGAGAACAUCUACCACAGCGACCGGAUCGUGAGCAAGGAAGCGAAGAAGAUGACCUGUGAUUGCUUUCUCACGCACGAGGAAAUCGAACGCGGCGAGCUGGGAUGCGGCGAGGACUGCCUCAAUCGGUUGCUCAUGAUCGAGUGCGGAUCGCGCUGUACCGUCGGUGAUCGCUGUACGAACCGGCGGUUCCAGCGGCAAGACUACGCUCACUGCCAGGUGUUUCGCACGGAGAAGAAGGGCUUCGGCAUUCAGGCGAGCACGGCGAUCGCUCCCGGUGAGUUCAUCAUGGAGUACGUCGGUGAGGUGCUGAAUGGCGCGCAGUUUGACGAGCGUGCCGAGGCAUACUCGAGGGAAAAGAACAAGCACUACUACUUCAUGGCACUGCGCAGCGAUGGCAUCAUCGAUGCGACGACCAAGGGAAAUAUAUCUCGCUUUAUCAAUCAUUCGUGCGACCCGAACGCGGAAACGCAAAAGUGGACCGUCAAUGGGGAGCUGCGGAUUGGGUUCUUCAGCACGAAGUACAUCCUGCCCGGUGAGGAGAUCACCUUCGACUACCAGUUCCAGCGGUACGGGCGAAAGGCCCAGAAGUGCUACUGUGAGGCGGAAACCUGUCGUGGAUGGAUAGGGGCCAAGCCGACUGGUGAAGGAGGCGCAGGAGAGUCGGACUUUGAUGAAGACGAUGACGAGGAUGACGAGGAGGAAGGUGACGAUGAUGAGGAGAGUGAAGAGGAUGGCAUGCUAAAGGAAGAUCAAGCGGCCAGUGCAAGCGAUCAAACGCUCGGUAAAGCGGCAAAGGGGGUCUCAUCCGCCGGAUCGGCCGAUCGAUCGUCCGGAGUAGAAGGGCUUAAAUUGGACGGAACGGAACAGGCGGAGAUUGCAGAAUCGGCCGCAGCAACGGCAACGAUUUCUGCAACUACUGUCACUACGGCCAAGGAAAAAAAAACUCGCAAGAAACGAACAACCAUUCUUCGCAAGAAGCGUCGACUAGAGAUCCAUGAAGAUCCGGAUCUAGAUGAGGAAAUUAACAAACUGCUCAAGACGGGACUCAAGAACCAGGCCCACACGCUCAAGUUAUCCCGUUUGAUGGUGCGCGCAAAGGACAUCAAAUCGCGCAGCCGAUUGCUGACGCUGUUGCAGAGUGGCGAGCUGCCCUGCCGCCGGUUGUUCCUCGAUUACCACGGAUUGCGGCUGUUGUACGGGUGGAUUUGCGAGUCCACGGAAUCGAUUGAAGAUCUCAAGUUUCGCAUACAGAUUCUCGAUACGCUUGAUCGGCUGCCGAUAUCCAACAAGACCAUGCUGAAGGACAGCAAGAUACUGCACACGAUCGAAAAGUGGGCUCGGGUGGAAAAGGGAACAAAACCGGCAACAACACAAUCACAAGCAGUGGCAGGUUCGCAGAGCGGCGUGCAGAAAGCCGCGGUGGCACCUGUGAAGGACGAACCUAGGGAACCGUCGGUGGCAGCUGCGACCGGCGAGGCGAAGGAAAUCUCCCGAACAAGCUCCCCGAGCGAUAGUAACGGGGCGGGGAGUGACAGCAGUAGUCAGGCCACCGAACAGCAAGCGGUGAAAAAGGAUCUCCUUGGGAGUGUAGACGUGCUGAAGAAUAUGCCCGAGCUUUUAAAACUGGCCGACUUGGGCAAGCUGAAGGAGAUCAUCAGCACCUGCGAUAAAGAGGUGGAAAACAAAGAGAAAGCAGCGGCGGCAGCAGCGGCAGCAGCUGCUGCAGCGGCUUCGGCGACAACCGCCGCAUCUUCCGCGCCGGAACAGGGGGGAAGCACAUCGUUGGCCUCCAACAGUAGCGUCGUGAUGCUCUCGGACAUUCAAAUCCCUGAGCCGGAGGAUGAAAACGCACCGGAAGAGCAGCGGCUCGGGACGCAAAUUCGAAUCCUUUCCUGCAAACUGUUAAUUAGCUGGAUCAACCUGAAGGAAGUUUUCCGUAUCCCCAAGAAGGAGCGUAUCGAGCAGAUGAAGGAACACGAGCGUGAAGCGGACAUGCGCUACCAGGCGUUAGGUCUCGAGGGCGACGAGAAGGACGACAAACACCUCCGUCACCGCGGGGACGGGCGCGGCUGGGAUCGGGAUCGUAGCUCUCGGGGGGGAACCGAUCCGAAACGUCGCCGUUCGCUGGAUGACCGUGAUGGAGCUGCGCCGUAUGGCAGUGGGUUGGCCAGCAAGAUCAAGCGACCACCCCCGCCGCCGGGUAGCAGCGGGUCCGGUUGCUAUGGCCCCAUAGUGAAGCAGGACAAUCUGUCCAAACAGCAGCGGCGCCAUCUGUUCGAGAUGCGGGUAGCGCACGAGGAAGCGGAACGGCGCAAGAAGGAGAUGUGGAUGAUGCACGAAAAUGCUUGCCUUCGGUUUGGGCUCAAUCCGCACCUGACCGCCCCCAUGGACAUCCCGGUGCGCAUGAAUCCGGCAACGGGCGAGUACUUUUCCGAGGACGAUCGUUUGCUGCCGACGCCACCGAGUCAUGCGUACUUCAAGAUCCAACUGCCCCCGAUGUCGACCAAUCCGGACGACUACGAGCUGCCACCGAUGAUGAAACUACCCGCCUACUGGCGUUUUGCGAUCGAUGAGCGGGGCCGUCUGUACUAUUACCACGUGAAGGAUCGCGUACCGCAAUGGGAACCACCGAAACAUCCGGGUCGAGGAACGGUGGGCUCCUUUGCCGACGAAGACAUUUCCAUGAGCUCCGACUCGAGUACAACGGAUACGUGUGAUUCGAGCGAGGAAGAAUUGGCCGCUCAGCUGGAACAGUUGCAGAAGAAAAUGAGGAAGCAGCAGUCAAGCUUUAAUUUGGAGGAUGUUUUGGCCAAACCGGACGAUAUGAACGAAGAUAUGUCGAAGACGAUCGCAAAGCAAGAGCCGGGUGAUGGAUCACCGCAAAUGUUAACGCUGGAGGAAAUUUUCGGCGAAUCGGCCAACCAGAAUGCUGACGAAUCGGCCGCGACGCAGUUGCCACCGAGACGGAAAAAGAAGCACAGUUCAAAGCUGGUUCAAACACGUAUUAUCAGCCCACGUACGGAGGAAGACAAACAGUAUGGGCAGAUGGAAAUGAAACGCUACAAGGAAACGAAAGAGAAGCUCCGAAAGCGUAAGGAAGAAGCGAAACGGCUGCGCGCUCGAAGCAUGUUCGACAAAACGCUCGCGGACAGUCCGUUCAGUGGUCCGCUGGAUAAACCCUCGCUCGGGGCGAUUGCUGCCUCGUCGGAUGUGGCCGGUGGAGCUGGUGUUGGGGUCGGCGUUGGGGUUGGCGAUAGCUCACUGAUGGACGACGAUCUUGUCGUGUCGCACAAGAUCGUCGAGGACAAGUGUAUCGUCGAUGAGUUGGACAUACUGACGAAGAAGAAAAAGAUCUCCCCGUACGAAGAGUGGAAGAAGGUUCAACAGCGGCUGGGCAAGAAGCGUAAACAACCGGGAGAAGAAACGCACGAGAAUGCUGCGGGUGGAACAUCCAGCGGAUCGGGUGGGGACGUUGCCGGUCCAUCAUCGUCGAAGCUAGCAAAGAGGAAGAAAUCGAGCAAGGGCGAUGUGAACAGUGAAGAGGCGAAGAAAAUCAAGGAAAAGUUCCGAGUGGAAAUUGCCGGCGUUAUAGUACAGCAUUUGAGUGCCUAUCGGAAGGAGAGUUGUCCGUUGGGUCGCAUUACCAACACCGAUGAUUUUAAGCAUCUGGCCAGAAAGCUCACCCAUUUCGUAAUGGUAAAGGAACUUAAGCACUGCGACAAUACGGUGCACGUGCUGGAGGUGACGGACUCGGUAAAAACGAAGGCGAGAGAAUUUAUCAAAAAGUACAUGGCCAAGCAUGGGCCAGUAUAUGUGCGCGGAGACAACGAACCCGACUAUUCAAACGUGACUCUUUAGUCGGAAAUGGUUCUACCUUUACCGGAAGAAGCAGCAAUAUUGCUGAUGUACAGUACAGUAACUAUAUAUGAAGCAUUGAAUGGCAUUUUUAGUUUUUAUGACAUAUUUUACUCUAAUUCCUGAUACUAAUAGUGAUCGAAGUAUAAUAUAAAAAUAAAUUAAAGAAUAUGGUU